GUCGGGCCAAGAUCUCCUCCUUCUGCAGCUUCCUCUACCUCCCCGCAAGUCCAGCAUGUUGAACUAGUGGUUUCGCUGGCCUCUCCCGUUGAAUCUCGCCCAGGAGCCUCCCGCCCAUUUAGUCCUCCAGUACCUGCCCGACUCACCUCCUCGAUCCUCGCGCCGUUUAACCUCCACCUUACUUUUCCACCCACUACCUCCCUUCCAAUACCCUCGCGAUGGCGUCGGCCAUCUUCUUCCUCGAUCUCAAGGGCAAGACCCUUCUAGCCCGAAACUACCGCGGAGACAUCCCCAUGUCCGCCGUCGAGAAAUUCCCCAUCCUCCUCAGUGACGCCGAAGAAGAGAGCUCCGCCGUGGCUCCGUGCUUUUCCCACGAAGGAAUUAACUACCUUUACAUCCGUCACAGCAACCUUUACAUUCUUGCCCUGACUAAGAAGAACACCAAUGCCACCGAGAUCCUCCUUUUCCUACACAAGAUCGUGGAGGUAUUCACGGAAUACUUCAAGGUACUGGAGGAGGAGAGUAUCCGCGAUAACUUUGUCAUCAUUUAUGAGUUGCUCGAUGAGAUGAUGGACUUUGGCUACCCGCAGACGACGGAGAGCAAGAUAUUGCAAGAAUAUAUCACCCAAGAAUCACACAAGCUGGAGAUCCAGGCCCGACCACCCAUUGCUGUCACCAAUGCCGUGUCAUGGCGAAGUGAGGGUAUCCGGUACCGCAAGAACGAAGUCUUCCUUGAUGUUGUGGAGUCCCUUAACCUCCUCGUGUCCGCGUCUGGUAACGUGUUGCGAUCGGAGAUUCUCGGAGCUAUCAAGAUGAAGUGUUAUCUGAGUGGUAUGCCGGAACUUCGUCUGGGUUUGAACGACAAGGUCAUGUUCGAGACCACGGGUCGCGCAACGAGAGGAAAGGCCGUCGAGAUGGAGGACGUCAAGUUCCACCAGUGUGUCCGUCUUUCUCGGUUCGAGAAUGACCGCACCAUCAGCUUCAUCCCCCCGGAUGGCGAAUUCGAGCUGAUGAGCUACCGGUUGAACACCCAAGUCAAGCCUCUGAUUUGGGUGGAAUGUCUGGUGGAAUCGCACUCUGGAUCACGCAUGGAGUACAUGUUGAAGGCCAAGGCCCAAUUCAAGCGCCGCAGCACUGCCAACAACGUAGAAAUUCUCGUCCCAGUCCCGGAAGACGCCGACUCACCCCGUUUCCGCACCAACAUCGGAACCGUGCACUACGCGCCCGAGAAGUCCGCCAUCAUCUGGAAGAUCAAGCAGUUCGGCGGAGGCAAGGAGUUCCUCAUGCGCGCAGAGCUGGGUCUGCCGUCCGUAAAGGGCGACGACGAGCACGGUGGUGGCAUGACCGGUGGUUUCGGAGGUAGCAUGGGUGGAACCGGGCAGGGCAAGGCAAAGCGGCCGAUCAACGUCAAAUUCGAAAUCCCUUACUUCACUACUAGCGGUAUCCAAGUCCGGUACUUGAAGAUCACGGAACCUAAGCUACAAUACCCCUCCCUCCCAUGGGUGCGAUAUAUAACACAAUCAGGCGACAUUGCUGUCCGCAUGCCAGAUGUACAAUGAUGUAAAGC